GCAGUUCAUGGACUCUCUUGGUUUGGAGCCAGAGUCUGUGGACAACCUGGACAUGUACAGUCACAUCCCUCCUGUCCUCAUGGAGAAGUGUGCUGCUCUGAGUGUGAGACCGGACACGGUCAAGAGCCUGAUCCAGUCCAUGCAGGGUCUCUCUGGUGUCUUCACUGACGUGGAGUCAUCCCUGAAGGAGAUCAGGGACGUGCUGGAGGCGGACGAGAUCGGGGAGCGGGCCCUCCUGGAGGCGGGGGGCCCCUCAACGGGGGAGGUGCACCUGGCGGUGCAGGUGCAGGCCCUGUUGGAGGUGCGCAGAGACCUGGAGAAGUACAUGGAGGCGCACGAGAAGGCGAGCUUCACCAACACGGAGCUGCACCGAGCCAUGAACCUGCAUAUCAGCAAUUUGCGGCUGCUGGGGGGGCCGCUGGACGUCCUGAAGGAGGCGCUGCCCCGCCCCCAGCUCAGUGAAGAGGAGGUGGCCGGGCUGCAGUGUAUGAAGAGGAUCCUCGGGAAGGUUCAGGAGAUGAGGGAGCAGAGGAGCUCUCUGGAGAAGCAGCUGCGUGACCUCAUCCAGCAGGAUGACAUCACUUCCACCCUUGUCACCACAGAGAGAGCCGACAUGAAG